AAAUGUUAAUGUUAAGCUUUUUUUUCUGUCCUCUAGCUGUGCAGGUGUCUUCAGCAGACAACAACGUGACAAACAUGUUGUCGGAGACUUUGAUCAACGGGAGAUGCUGCCACAUGUGCCGCCCAGGAACAUAUCUGACAGAACUCUGCACAGACACACAACAAACUGUCUGUAGCCCAUGUCCUGACGGCUUCUUCUCCCAACAAUAUAACAUCUUUAACAAAUGUACGCAGUGUCAGCCGUGCCAAGGUGUUCACCAAGAACAAAUAGAGAUGUGCUCUUCAACUGCAAACGCAAAGUGCGCAUGCAGCCCCGGUUUCCUGUGCACUGACGAGGUGUGUUCAGAAUGCCAGAAAAAUAACUGCGGUGUCGGUGAAAAAGCCAUGAAGACAGGCUUGAUGCAGUAUGAGUGCAAACCAGCAUGUCCUGAUCAUCAAUAUUGGGAUGUGAAAAUGAACAUCUGCAGAGCGCGGACACAGUGCAGAAUGGAAGGACUCGUGGAGCAAUUUCCAGGGAAUAGAACCCAUAACUCAGUCUGCCGUAGACACGACAAUGACGCCCUUUAUGUGACCCUUAGCAUGGGAUGUGCUUUGCUGUCCCUCAUUGUUCUUGUGAUCCUGUCUAUAGCCUGUAUAAACGUGGCAAGGAAAUGUAAAACAGAGAGAGCCACUGACUCCAUGCCAGUAGAACUGGCCAGCCAGCGUGAAUAUCACCUGUCAGAGGAGGAAAGUAGACUCCAACUCCAGACGGAUUCUAACAAGGGCCAACUCCAGGAAAUAGUCACCACCUUGUCAUAGAAGUCAAUAAAUGAAAAUGUAGUACCUCCAGUGACUGAAAUCCUGUUAGUAUUGUGUGCUAUGCUUGUUUAUGUGGGUGCUUUAUAACUCACCAUCAUUCGUAUAUGACUAUCUUGGCCUGUGGCUGACCAAAAUGGUUGGUAUUUACACAUUCCACCUGUCACUCAAGCAUCACCAAACCUUGCUAUUAUUGCCUUCUCUCUGGAAAACAAACGGUAUUCAUGUUGUGUAUUUUGUACAGUGUUUUAAUGUGAUAUUGUGCUUUUUUAAAAAUGUAUACAUUGGCA